GGAAUGUAAAGUUGAAGCCAUCGGAUAUCUUUGUCGUCGCCGGAACGCCCAAAAGACUGGUUAAAACCGAUAGCACGCAGAUCAUGAAAGUGAAAAGCUUGAAGGUACACCCCAGAUACUCCAGAGUAGGGGCCCCAACGAACGAUUUGGCUCUUUUGAUACUGGAAAAGGAAAUAUCGAUGGGGAACUUCACAGACACCAUUCCUAUUACCAACCAUACGCCAGAGGCUGGAUUGAAUUGCACCGUUGUUGGCUGGGGAACAGUUUUACCUGAAGGACCACUUCCCGACGAAGUUGUAUAUGGAGACGUGCAAAUCCAGCCGCGGAGCUUUUGUAAAAAGCUACAAGGCUUUAGGAGCGAUGUCAUGAUCUGCGCCUGCAGUCCCCUUAAUUAUGAGGUGGACAGCUGCCAAGGUGACUCUGGUGGCCCGAUAAUCUGCAACGAGAAGGUUUACGGCAUCGUUUCCUUUGGCGAUGGUUGCGGCGAGCCCAACAAUGCAGGCAUCUACACCAACGUAUACCGAUUCCGCAAGUGGAUAGAGAGGAACUCUCGUUCCGAGAACGUCAAGCAGUUAUCCUUAGUCUUGCUACUCUUAAUAAUACACACGCAGCUUGUUUUAUAACUCAUUUAUAAAUAUGACUUAUAUUUUUCA